AAGUUAUUUCGGGAAACCGAAAGUGUUAGCUACUAUAUAAAGCAAUAAUUUAGAUAGAUCUUAUUUUAUUGAAAUACAACAUGGGAGGAUGGCUCAGUAGAUUUUAUGAUGAAGAAGAAGAGGUUCCUCAGCCUCAACAGAUCCAAAGAUCAAGAACUAUCCCUUAUAGUGACGCUUCAGCUGCUAUAUCCACUCCGAUACAAUUUUCGUUAGGUAGAGAAAGUUUCCAUGCCGCUGUUGAACCUCAUAAAGAAUAUGCGCAUUUCGCAAUUGAAGAUGUGUAUACUUGGAGAGAUAAUACUUCGCAUAGAAUUUCGCCCCUUCAUAUUCGAUACUCACAGGAUGCAAUAUUUUAUAAAUUUCAAGCGAAAGAUCAUAGAGCCAUGAAAGAGAUAGCUACAGUUGCCGAGGAUUUAAUAACGGGAUAUAUAAAAGUUUCAGAUUUUCCCAAAAUUAAAGUUAUCUUGUUUGAAGGAAAUUUACAUAGUCUAGACAAUAGAAGAUUGUGGGUUUUCAAACAAUAUCAAAAAUACAAACAAGACUUAGAAAUCGAUAGUGAUAACCAUAAUGUGCUUGAUAGACCAGCUCCAAUACUACAUAAUCAAGUAAGAAGAUCACAACAGCCUGUCAUCAGAAAGUUGUACCAAGAAGAUUCACCUCUUGAAACACCUAAUUUCGAUAAUGCGAGAGUAUCGAAUGACACAAGCAGAAGUUGUCACGUUGAUAAUUCGUACUUAAAUUAUUCACCUGGAAUUUUUCUGCCAAAAAUACAUCAAAAUGCAAGAACUACCUCCCAAUACACUACUAGAAACUGGAAAAUAGUAUAUUCGGAUAUAAAGGUUAUCGCAGAUGAGAGUGACGGUAGCAAUUUAGACUCUCCGGGAGAAUUUUCUAUCGAACAAAUUAAAAAUUGGAGGUAUAAUAAUCUAUAUGAUAUUUCUCCAGCCCAUCUCCGAUUUUGUCAGGAUACAAUAUUUUACAAAUUUCAAGCAAAGUCCCAUACAGAUAUGAAAACAAUUAAGUCGGUUCUUGAGAGUUUAUUAAAUGGUGAAUGUAAAAUUUCGGAUUUCCCCCCAAUUCAAGUGGUUUUAAAAGAAAACUUGCUAUAUACACUCGAUAAUAGGAGAUUAUGGCUUUUUAAGCAAUAUCAGAAACAGCAUAAAGAUAUCAUGAUAAAGGUUGAAUACCUUGAACUAACCUCUAAACAUCAACUCAAAUUUACGACGAAAAAUAAAGGAUCGUCAAUCAAAAUUGAAAGAAAACCCAAACACAGCCGUAGACAAUAG